GCACAGGGCAACAACUUCAAGGCAAUCCACCCCCGACGACAAUCUCCCUCAAGACGCACACAGCAUGGCGGACCAAGUAGAAAAGGCCUUCCAGAAGCAGCACCUCUUCCAAAAUGCUAAGGUCCGAGAUGGCAAAAAGAUUUCGACCAAGGACAAGCGAUGGUACAAGGAUGUUGGUCUUGGCUUCAAGACCCCUUCAGAAGCCAUCCAAGGCACUUAUAUCGACAAGAAGUGCCCUUUCACUGGUGCUGUUUCAAUCCGCGGCCGUAUCCUGACCGGCAAGGUCGUUUCUACCAAAAUGACGCGGACCAUCAUCAUCCGUCGGGACUACCUGCAUUAUAUCCCUAAAUACAACCGUUACGAGAAGCGCCACAAGAACCUUGCAGCGCACGUCUCGCCUGCUUUCCGUGUGGAGGUUGGCGAUGUCGUGACUGUUGGCCAAUGCCGGCCACUGUCUAAAACUGUGCGGUUCAAUGUCGUGCGGGUGUCGCGGAGCAAGGCUGCUGCCAAGGCGUUUGCCAAGUUCUGAUUGAACGAGGGUUUUUGUUAUGUAGUUCUGUCAUUGCCAUCCAUUGUUCUUCAUGCACCAUGUCCGUAUGAACUGCCCAUGAACGACGAUAUACUGUCGUGCCAACUUGGAACAGAU